AUGGUUCUAUUGGAUAAUAGUUUACCUGAUGGGUCUGGUUCCAAAAUUAUCGUUUGCGAUACUUCUGAAUGUCGUCUUCCAGCUAUCCGCCUUGCAGAUAUUCCUGUAAAUCUACCAGCAGAGGAAUAUAGUAGCAUAAAGGUUGCUAUUAAACAGAGGCCACAGAAGUGGUCCCAACUAGCAAGAGAUGCAAGUGCAAAUUCAUCAAAAACGAGGGAUUCCAAAAGUGUGGAAGAGAGGAAAGAGGAGUAUAAUAAAGCUAGUGCUCAAAUAUUUAACUCCAGCAGCAAUUCAGGCUGUCAUGCAAGUGAGAAAGUAGAUGCUGAUCCUAGACCACAGGAUAGUUAUCGUGGUUGUUUGAGUGCUGCAAAGGUUGAGGAGAAGAUGAUUCUUGGAGUUCCUGAUAUAAAUUUUAGUAGGGGUUUGAUUGACUGUUCCACGAGUAGCAGUAGAAUAAAUAGAAGGUAG